GAACGCAGCACUGCGCUGAAGGUUGCCGAACUCGACCUGGCGCAUGCACAAGGCCAUGUGCAGCAGUUCCAAGAGAUCAGCCAGGCGAAUGAAGUGGUGCUAGCAGGCUUUAAUGCGACCUACGAUGACUACAAGUCAUCCACGGAGUCGCAGCUCGUGAAGCACGAGUCCGAUUAUAACGCUCUGUCAGAGAACUUGCACGUCGUCCAGCAGGAGCUGACGGCGUCUCGGGAGGUGAUGGCGGAGACGAAGCGCACGUUUGACAAGGGGUGGGAGUCGUGGGCGAAUGAUAAGCGGACACUUGAGGAUACCCUCAUCGAGCUGACCAUGUCGGAGAAGCAUAUCGCGGAAGACAGG